UAUUAUAACACACUUCUCAACUUCCUCCUAUUUCUUUUGUUUCCUUUCACUCUCCAUUGCAUUCCUAUCCUUCUACUUUUUCCUCUAGUAGUUAAUUCCUCUGCCCCACUAUCUCUCCCUUUCUCAAUAAAGUUAGCUCCAUUUAUACAACAUCAUAGAAUCAAUUGAAUUCAGGAAAUGGGUAUCAUCAGUUUGAUCACAGGAAAACCAGGUUCAAGUGGGUUUGGAUCAUCUUCAACUGCAGAAGAUGUUACUGAAGGAAUUGAUGCUACCAAUCUCACUGCCAUCAUUACUGGAGGGGCAAGUGGGAUAGGAUUCGAGACAGCAAGAGUUCUAGCAUUGAGGAAAGCCCAUGUCAUAAUCGCAGCAAGAAACCUUAAAGCGGGUGAAGAGGCUAAGGAGAACAUCCUAAAGGAGAAUGAAUCAGCUCGAGUCGAUGUUUUGAAGCUAGAUCUUUGCUCCAUGAAGUCCAUCAGAGAUUUUGUUAAUGAGUUCAAUAAUCUUAAUCUACCACUCAACCUCUUAAUAAACAAUGCUGGUGUUAUGUUUUGUCCCUUUCAGCUUUCAGAAGAUGGGAUAGAGCUGCAAUUUGCAACAAAUCAUAUUGGACAUUUUCUCUUAACAGACUUGCUGCUAGACAAGAUGAAGGAGACAGCUAAAACCAGUGGGAUUGAGGGCAGAAUUGUCAAUUUAUCAUCAGUUGCUCACCUGCACACUUACGAGGAGGGCAUACAGUUUGACAAAAUUAACGAUCAACUUGUUUAUUCAGACAAGAAGGCAUAUGGCCAAUCAAAACUAGCCAACAUACUCCAUUCCAACGAGCUCUCUCGUCGUCUACAAGAUGAAGGAGCUAACAUUAUCGUCAAUUCAGUGCAUCCAGGAUUAAUAAUGACAAAUCUGAUGAGGCAUUCCGCCUUUCUAAUGCGAUUUCUGCAUAUGUUCACUUAUAUACUAUGGAAGAAUGUCCAGCAGGGUGCGGCUACAACUUGCUAUGUGGCGCUCCACCCGAAGGUGAAAGGAACGACGGGCAAGUAUUUUGUGGAUUGCAACAAGUAUAGACCUAGUGAGUUUGCUACAGACGAGAAACUGGCAAAGAAGUUGUGGGAAUUCAGCAGCAUGCUGAUUAAAUCAUCAUCAGCUGAGAAACCAAUUGAGAUGUGACCUAAAAUGGUGGCUUUGGCUUUUCUAUGCUUUCAAAUCUAUAGCGGAGAUAAUGUAGUUUUCUUUUGCUACUAAUUCCUAUAUUAUCAAAAUAUGCAAUAGUGAAUGGAAGGCCUUUGUUUGGAACAAUAAAUCUGUGUGAUUGUGAAUGGUAAAUGUGUUGAUUUAGGUCUC